CAGGCUCCUCAUAAAGCGGCUCCGGCCCUUUCCCCGUUGUUAUAAGAUGACGCAAUCUUGUAACACAAUCCUUAUUGUCCGCCUACGGCUAGCUUGGCUCCCAGCGGUCACACGGAGUUUGUAGGUAAAUAAACCGGCUCUCUGGCUCCGCUGCCGGAGGCCGGUGCGAGCUUGUUGAGUCUGGCCAUGUCGAGAAGGCGCUGUGUUCUCCGCUGUGAGGGGAAAUCUCCGCUGUACGCGCUGCCAAAGGCAGAACCACAAAGAAGCCAGUGGCUGAGGUUCAUCUUCCCCUCGGUUCCCUCCACUGUCCCAAACGUCGUGCUGUGCGCCCGGCACUUCACGGAGGACAGCUUCAGGAACCGAGCGCAGUUCAACGCUGGAUUCUCGCAGCUCUUACUCCUGAAAGACGGGGCGCUUCCCACUUUGUGUGGCCCGGCGGGAGACUCAGGUUCGCAGCCGCACGUCACUCAUGGACGGCCCACUGAUACUACCCCCAUCCCUGUGGAUGCCAGGGCCGAGACUGCAGCCAGCAGACCCCGCCGACAGAAACGGCAUUGCCCGGCCCCAGUUUCCCUUGGGGACGUGAAUCAUCACAAAGACACCAUGGUGUGGCUAUCCAGUGCUACAGCUACUGGUGAAGCUCAAGAGAAAACUGAAGAAUCAAAAGGGCAGGCAUGUAUGCAGCAAACACACGGUGAGACAAGCAUGUUGACUGAGAACUUCAAAGGAGGCACAAGAACAGUGAGAAAGCAGCAGGAAGAGGCUGAAGCCCUUAAAAAGCCAAAGCAACAGGAGUGUUUAACACCUGAUAGAAGCUUAUUAAAUUGUGGGCGUCUGACGCCUGAAGCAGUUCACUACAGCACUGUUCCCAAGUACUUUGAGUACUGCACAGGAUUUUCCUACGACCAGUACAACCACCUGUGUGCCUUUUUUGGACUUCCCAGGAGCGCACACGCCCCACAGUCUGAGGUGCCGCUUACGUUUCUGAGGUCAACUAAGUCGGUCAAAAGCAUGCCGCUGCGCGUGCAGUUCUUACUCGUUCUUAUGAAACUAAGGAACAACUUCGACGUGAAAGAUUUGGCGUUCAGAUUUCAGAUCGAUCCUCCAAGUGUGAGCAUCAUUUUCCGCUCGUGGAUCCCUUACUUAUAUAACAAGUUAGGUCAGAUACCCACAUGGCCUCACAGAGACAUAAUCGCUUCCCAGAUGCCCACAGACUACAAAAACGAAUAUCCAACAACGUUUGCGAUCUUGGAUUGCACUGAGAUUAAAAGUUAUUCCGAGCACAAGUCGGCGGGUAAAUGCCUGAUAGCUUGCGACCCUCGCGGGUCCGUGAUGUUUGUGUCAAAUCUGUUUGGUGGAUCCGUGUCUGACCGGGACGUGUUUAAUCAGUGUGGAAUUACAGCACAGCUUAAAAAUCUCAUCAUGUGUGGCUACCUUCAUAAAGGGGACGCACUGAUGGCACAGAAAGGCUUCCUCCUCGACACCGAUGUCAAGAAACUAGGGCUCAAACUUGACGUGUCCCCCACUGCAAAAUCGAGGACACAGACUUGCAGCAUGGGCACACAAACCACCAAGACCGCGGCCAAGCACAGGGUGCUCGUCGAUAGAGCAAUAGGCAAAAUCAAGAAGUUCAAGAUUGUGUCAAACAGGGUUUCGCACACGGGACUGAAGAACAUCAAUGAGAUCUGGUUUGUGGUAAGCAUGCUGUCCAACUUUCAGCCCCACAUCGCUUAAAAAUUGAUGACUUGUGCUGACCUGGUAGCUUGGAGCACUUUCUAAAUGGGGAUCCCUCUCGCCAUACUUAUGGCUACAAAGGAGGGUUAUUGAGUUUCUGAGAUGUGCCUCAGGAAGGCCAUGUCCACGGAGCUGAACAUCUGAGGGCCAUAAGUAACUUCAGUCUCAAAGAGGAAAAAAACAAGAGUCUCUAAAACUGAAGAAUUACCAAAGGACAGAGAGAAUGGGACUCCUGUCAACCAUGGUAGACCAACAAAACUGUCAGAGAAACAGUACUUUCAUCUUCUAAAGAAGGAACCUCAACACUGUGGGUGUGAAAGGAUGCGCAGCUGUCAAGACGAAGAAGAAAUGGACAAAAAGAUGAUUUGCUCUAGAACAUCAAAACUGGACAUCUGGACGGGUCUGAAGGACUGAUGAGGCUAAAUUUGUAAUGCGAUUACUUGAAACCUGCACAGAAUAUGUUAAACCAACUUCUGAGACAGAACUUUGGAGGUGCAGAGAAAUAUGUUCUAGAAGGCAAAGAAUGGACACACCAAAUACUGAAGCACACUGUUAGAAAUGAAGGUUCUCUGCAGGUACAUUUUUCGUUUAUUAAGGUACAAACAAUGUAAAUGUUCCCUCAAACUGCCAGCAGUGGUUUAAGGUCUGAUUGUGAAGCUUAAAUCAGUUCC